AUGGGAGCAGCUCACAGUAAAAGACAUAAAUAUCGUAAGAGAAAGAAAGAGGAUGUAGAUGAGUCAUUAUAUAGAGAUUUAGAGAGAUUACGCAGUUUAUCUAAAACACGUUUAAACAGGCUCUCGGCAGACAUUGAAAACAUGACUAGUGAUAGUAACGCGUUGGAUUUUACCAUUUCGGACAAAGCAAGUUAUAGUCAGUCAAAUACUUCUACUGAUACUUAUACUACUAGUCAAGUACCGCAUAAUACUAAUUUAACAUAUACCCAGGGUGUUCGGAACAUUAACUUAGAUGAUCAUCCAGUCCUUACUAAAUUACAAAACAAACAGAAUGCCCGUCUGGAAAGUAUGGAACAACGUAUGGACAGGAUACGAAAUAGUGCGAUGCAAGCUGCCGAGAGACGAAAAUUUGCCUACAUGUUUAAAGCCAAAAGUGAUGAGGACAAAGCUAAGAAACUACUUAAGGAAGCCAAGGAGGAAAUACAAGGUUUACAUGAUACAGAUGAAGGGGACAUAAUCCCAGUCAAAAUAUUACAAGGGGAAGCAACUCAUCAAGAUAAAAAUAGUAACUAUACUAAUGUCUGUGGUGAUGAGGACAAGUCCUUACUUAUUGGUGGACUCAAACUUUCUGAUCCUAUCACCUGGUUGCUGCUUCCACUAAUGUUGCCAAUAGUAUUAAUAGCCUUUUUUAUGCGUGGGCUAAUGACUCCUAACCAGUUACGAAGAAAAAAGUCUGGAUAA